AGGAGGAGCCGUUGGUCACUGUGUCAAACCGUCUGAAUCCUCCGUGUCUCAUUGAUGAGGAAUACCGGAGCCUUUUCACUAACUGCUCGGUUAUAAUUUUACUCGACACCGAGGACAACCAAAAAGGCGAUUGUUUUUUAUCAGCACAGACUGCAUCCUGAGGCAUCAACUCCAUUUACGUGCUAGUGCCAGGCGCAUGCCAUGUGGAAGAUAACUUAAUCACCCAUCGUUUGCCUUUUGGUCCGCCCCAUGUCUGAGCACAGCGAUUCAAAGCACUACCUUUACUCAACCCUGGACGGGCGCGAAAGGAACCGGGAAAGAAUCGGCCUCCAGCUGGAGGAAGAGGAAGGCUCCCCCUGCGGCCCCAUCAGCCAACUUCACCGCAUGGCCAACAGUUACAACAAGGGCUGUGACGGGCGGGACGGGGUCGAACUGGAAGCGGAGUUGGGAUUGUCAUCUGAGGGGAGCGACAGCAGCCACGAGCACCUGGCCUCGCCGGGCUCCCCGCACGACGACAGGAAGCGGCCAUGCCCACCCUUACACGAGGAUGUUGAGAUGGGUGGCAGCGGCUCGAGCGGGAGCGGGACAGAGUCCCAUGGAAACGAAUCGCAUGGCAAUGAGUCCCACGGCAAUGAGUCUGUGGGCAGCUCAAGUGGCAACUGCAAGGACUCCGCUCUCAUGGAGUCGUCAGAGAGCAACAAGAGCUCAAACUCUCACAGCCCCUCGCCGCCAAGCAGCUCCAACGCCUUUAGUCUGGUGAGCUCCGAGCAGGACAACCCUUCAACCAGCGGCUGCAGCAGCGAACUGUCCGCCAAAGCGAAGACACAGAAGGAGGUCUUCAAGACCCUCAAGGAGCUGAAGAUGCACUUACCGCUGGAAAAGAGGAGCAAGGGCAAGCCCAGCACCGUCAACACGCUCAAAUAUGCGCUGCGAUGUGUCAAACAGGUGAAAGCCAAUGAGGAAUACUACCAGAUGCUGAUGACCAAUGACAGUCAGCCACCAGGGUUUGAUGUAUCGUCCUACACCAUUGAGGAAAUCAACAGUAUCACCUCUGAGUACACCCUCAAAAACACUGAUAUUUUUGCUGUUGCCGUCUCACUCAUCACGGGGAAAAUUGUUUACAUCUCGGACCAGGCGGCGUCCAUCUUGAACUGCAAGCGGGAAGUGUUUAACAAUGCCAAAUUUGUGGAGUUCCUGUCACCUCAGGACGUCAGCGUGUUCUACAGCUUCACCACGCCGUACCGCCUGCCCUCAUGGAGCAUGUGCACCGGAGCAGAGUCGUCUCCCACGGAGUGCAUGCAGGAGAAAUCCUUCUUUUGCCGCAUCAGUGGCGGUAAGGAGCGUGAAGGAGUUAUGCAGUACUAUCCUUUCCGAAUGACUCCGUACCUGAUGAAAGUCCAGGAUGCUGAGCUGGCUGAGGAACAGUUCUGCUGUCUCCUGCUGGCCGAGAGGGUGCACUCUGGAUACGAAGCACCCAGAAUCCCUACUGACAAGCGUAUCUUCACCACCACACACACACCUAACUGUGUGUUCCAGGAUGUGGAUGAGAGGGUUGUUCCUCUGUUGGGUUACCUCCCUCAGGACCUGAUCGGGACCCCUGUGCUACUCAAUCUGCACCCAAGUGACCGACCCUUAAUGCUGGCUGUGCAUCGAAAAAUUCUGCAGUCCGCCGGUCAGCCGUUCGAUCACUCCUCGAUCCGUUUCUGUGCAAGAAACGGCGAGUACGUCACCAUCGACACCAGCUGGUCCAGCUUCGUCAACCCCUGGAGUCGCAAGGUCUCUUUUGUCAUUGGCAGGCACAAAGUCCGCAUGGGUCCUGUGAAUGAAGAUGUAUUUGCUGCACCAGCUUUCCAUGGAGGGAAGAUCAUGGACUCAGACAUCCAGGAAAUUAGUGAACAGAUCCACAGGCUGCUACUUCAACCGGUCCACAAUGUGGGCUCCAGCGGUUACGGCAGCCACGGCAGCAAUGGUUCCCAUGAGCAGCUGGUGAGCAACGGGAACGCCGCGGUGGGGAACACAGCGGAGGAGACCAAAAAGGCGGAGGAGACCAAAAAGGCCAAGCCUCCCAGGACAUUCCAGGAGAUUUGUAAAGGGGUCCACAUGCUUAAGAACCAGGACUCCCAGGUCUGCCUGCGCUCCCCUCCUAUGUCGCCCUCACCGUCGCCAUCCAAGCCUGAGCAGAAGAAGAGCUCUGACUCAGCAGUUCAGAGGAGUUCAGCUGCGCGUCUGAAGGGCUCAGCGCCCCCUCUGCAGAUCAGAGACGGUACUGCAGCCAGCAUGGAGGACCUCACAUGCAAAGACCAGACUGUCUGCUCCUACCAGCAGAUCAGCUGCCUCGACAGUGUCAUCAGGUACCUGGAGAGUUAUAACAUCCCCAUCAGAGCGAAGAGGAAGUACCAAUUCUCCACCAACACCAGCACCACCUCCUCCAACUCUGAUGAUGACAAGAAGGGUUCAGAGGACGGGAUGCAAGUGCCUCAGGACACAAACCAAAACCCUUUGAUGCUUGACACCCAGCCAAGCCUGUCAAACAUGAAAGCACCUAAGAAGCCUUCAUCUGGGGCAGCUGCUGUGGUGGGAGGCCCCCUGGCACCCCUAGCCCUGCCCAGCAAGGCCGAGAGCGUGGUGUCCAUCACCUCACAGUGCAGCUACAGCAGCACCAUCGUCCACGUGGGAGACAAGAAGCCUCAGCCAGAGUCUGAAAUGAUCGAGGACGUGGCGGAGAGCCCUGCGCCCCCGGCUCUGCAUGUCGGCGUGGUGUCCCCGCCCAGUCAAGAGGAGGAGGCCUACAAGCGGCUGGGACUGACCAAACAGGUGCUGGCUGCACACACCCAGAAAGAAGAGCAGGCCUUCCUCAACCGCUGCCGAGAGCUCCACAACGCCAGGACCUUCCAUAAGGACUGUUUCACAUAUCUGCACAAGCAGAGACGUCCAGCCAACGCUGAAGGCGUACGAGGUGCAGCCAAACAGGGGACCACCAGACCUGAGACUACCGCCAAGAAGGGCAACCGUAACAGGAAGUCCAAGAAAGCACGGAUGAAGCAUCCUGACUCGUCAGACAGCGACGAAUCAAACCGCAAACCCCGGCCCCCUCUCCAGGGUCUCAACCAAACCUCCUGGUCUCUGUCAGAGGCAUCCCAGUCAGCUUUUAACGUCUCCUACCCAGCCAUGGUGCCUGCCUACCCGCUCUACCCCCCUGCACCUGCAGCCUCAGCCCAGGCCCCCCACCCUGACCCCUCACUUUCCGCCGGCUUUGGAAAGGGGCAGAGCACCCAAGCCCCACCUUCUGCCUCUCCGUUUGCUGCACCCAUUGUUACACCUGUGGUGGCUCUGGUGCUACCCAAUUACCUCUUUCCCCAAAUAGGACCGUUAGGUCAGAUCGGGCAGUUGGGGGCCGCUCCUAGACCAACGUUUUUCCCUGAGCAGGCCCAGACGCAACCUGCAUACACUACCCAGCAGCCCUUUCAGCCCCAACAGCCAGCCUAUGCCAUGCAAACACAAACCCCCUACAACAGUCAACAGCCGUUCCCUGUGCAGACAGCCUACCCCCAGCAGCCAUUCCAAACCACACAGACCCCCUACACUACCCCGCAGCCCUUCCAGGUUGCUCAGACCCCCUACACUACCCCACUGUCCUUCCAGGCUGCUCAGACCCCCUACUCUACCCCGCAGCCCUUCCAGGCCUCUCAGACCCCCUACACUACCCAGCAGCCCUUCCAGGCCCCUCAGACUGCCUACACUACCCAGCAGCCUUUCCAGGCCCCUCAGACUGCCUACACUACCCAGCAGCCUUUCGCUGCCCAGCAUUCUUUCCCAGUGCAGACUCAGUUUGUGGCUCAAGCCACGUAUCCAGCUCAGCCCUUCCCCUAUAGUCUAGCCCCCGAGCCUCUCAAACCCAUGGCCAUGGAGCCCAGAGAGGGGGCGGCGUCGCGCUCCUCCACCCCAGCCUCUGGAGCGAGGGACCCCGCCGCGUCACCGCCACUGUUUGAGUCGCGGUGCAGCUCGCCCCUGCAGCUCAAUCUGCUGAGCAUGGAGGAGGGACAGCGUUCGUUGGAGCGGCAGGACAGCACAGCGCUGCUCGCUGGAGGCCUGGGCAGCAGCUCAGGGGCAGCUGGUGAGAAGAACAGAGGCUCAGCCAAGACUGAAAACCACCAACAGGUGGAGUCUCCAGGAGAUGGGGCUCACAGCGACGGUAACUCCUCAUCCUGCGACUUGCUGGACAUCCUAAUGCAGGAGGACUCCCACUCUGGGACCGGAUCAGCCACCUCUGGCUCCAUGGGCUCCAGAUCGGGCUCCAGAUCGGGCUCCAGAUCAGGUUCAGGAUUGGGCUCAGGAUCGGGCUCAGGAUCGGGCUCAGGAUCGGGCUCAGGAUCGGGCUCAGGCUGUGGUACAUCAGCUAGUGGAGCUUCAGGCAGCAGAACAGGGAGCAGCAACACCAGCAAAUACUUUGGCAGCAUUGACUCUCUGGAACACGACCCCAAGGCCAAAGCCAAGACGAGAAGUGAAGGAGGCUCUGAUGGCAGUCAGUCACAGACCAAGGUCUCAACCCAAGGCGAGGGAGAGCAUUUCAUCAAAUGUGUUCUCCAGGAGCCCCUCUGGCUGCUGAUGGCCAACGCUGACGACAAGGUCAUGAUGUCAUAUCAAAUGCCACCCAGGGACAUUCAGAGGGUUCUGCGAGAAGACAAGGAGAGGCUGAGGCAGAUGCAGAAGAGCCAGCCUCACUUCACUUCAGACCAGCGACGAGAGCUGAUGGGGGAGCACCCCUGGAUGAGGAGGGGAGGUCUACCUGCUGCUAUCAACGUGAAGGAGUGUGUAUACUGCGAUGACGCGAUGGCAGCCCCCAUGGAGGAGGACAUGCCACACAUGGACCUGGGCGAGGAGCUGAGCCGAGAACGCCAGAGCGCUCAGAGCCAAUCAGAGUCUAAGCUUCAAGACACUGGCUCCUGAACGCACACGCCGCCAGCAGGGGGACACACUCGACCACCCAUGGACCUUCACUUACACACACACAGACACACUGUGGAUGUGAGACAAACAAACUGUGUGCCUGACCAUCCACACGCACACACAGCAUAAACUCAAGCAGGACUCUGUGCUGCCGUUGUGGUGAAUAUAAGGAUGCGUGUGAGUUUCUGAGGAGGACUGCUGCUGAAGUGCAGUUCUUAACCCGCCCGUACAGGGGGCAGUAGCGCUGUAUGAGGGUCUUUGUAUGCAUGACCCUCAUAUAGUACUUUUUACAGCUCACACACACACACACACACACACUGAAAGGAUCUGGGCCUAGCCUGUGUGGUUGGUGACCUUUGGCCUCCCAGAUAUUGUUUUAUUUCAUUGUUUCCCUUCCCUGUUUGUCAGAGGCAGAGCAUUACAGCAACAUGAGCAGUUAUUAUCCUAAAAAAGUUAAUGGGUAUCUUAUUAACUUAUUCAAAUAUAUGUGUGAUUAGGGUUUAAAAAUGUUGUUAACAGCAUAGCUGUUUAAAUCCUCUGCAGCCAGUCAUAAUGUUCGUGUUUUCUUGUUUUGCCACAUUCAAGCAUUCUCAAACCCCCGUUUGUUUUCAGAUUUGUAACUAUGUAGAAUACUUGUGGUGCACAUUGGAUGAUGCAGGCUGGGGUCAAACUUUUGUGUCAUGGAUUAGUUAUAUCGCUACUGUCCUCGAACCUGAGUAUUUGUAAAAUUCAGGGGCAGGGCAGUGGUUGCACUUAACUCAACAGCCAACAGACACGUAGGCUGAUAAUAACUUUCCUCAACAAUGACAAUCUGAUCAUUUACCUAAGUAUCUUAUUUAUUUUCUACCGGAUAAUAUAUCUAGAAUAGAUUGUUUUAAGCUAAAGCCAAAUCCUCUCAGCUAAAAGACAACUCUAAACUGGAGCUAGCUACACAGAAUAACCUCAAAGUGUUGUGGGCCUCCGCAGACCUUAAACCAGCACAUGUGCUAUGAACAAGUGGGCGUCAUCACAGAUUAAGAAGCUGCUGAAAUACUUUCUGUUAUAGGAAACAGCAGAAAAUCGAUGCAUGAAAAGCAGAGAUUGACAGGAUGGUGGUUACAUCAAGGCUGCAAAUCAAGGUCAAAGCUGAAAAUGUUUUAAUUUUAUUCAAACUAACAAGGUCAUUGCGUGGGAUCAGCAUUUCCCUUUCACCUCCGGUUUCUAUCUCUAAGUGAUUGUUUUUAAAACAAAGGUGUGUCCGUGUACAAUGCAGAAUAUUGCAAAAAAAAUGUCAAGUAAUAUUCUUUUUCUGUCAAUGUGGUGCAGCUCUACUACACAAUGUCAUGUAUAGAACAAAUCAGUCGGGAGUCAGUGGGGGAUUUAUACAUUAUGCAAAAUGACAGAUCCUUGACUCAUUGAAAAGCUGUUGUGUGUGAUAACCGUGUUUUCGACAGAGGGCGAUACUGAGCACGUAUAGGAGUACAGGGGAAAACGGCGUUACAGCUGUAGCAAAUACAGGGACCCAGGGGUACCUGCCUCAGAAGUAACCUUUUAUAGAGACGGGGCUACACAGGAAAUGGUGACAUGUGUGCGUGAGGAGCCACUUGUCAUCUAGCGUUAAGUAUUAAGGAAACGGUGGCUCCAUGUAGGUGAACAGUAGGAGAACUGGGAACAACUCUGGUGCUACGACAGAGAAACUGUUGAGGCAGGCUUGUGAAUGUAACAGACUGGACCAAGAGCAAAUCCAACUUUGUUUUCAAGAUUUUAAUUUUGUCUGAAUUUAUUUUUAAAUAUAUAUUUCUAUUUUUUUUCUCGUGUGUUUUGUUUGGCGACAGUAAGAGCUUUUGAGUGUCUUAGGGGACGGACCCUACCUCCAAUAAAACCCAGGUCAUGUUACUGUAAGGAGAACAUGUGCAUGUAUGUGCAUGUGGGCAAAGCGCAAUGGCGAGAGCGGUCAGAUACUUGAAUGAUUCCAGUGAGUGAUGGGCUCGUACAGAGACUCUGCUUUCUGUUUCUAUGAAUGAAUACACAGAGAGGACAGCCGCCUGUCACCACCCUUAACUGCAGUCUAUCUCUGUCUUUUCUGUGACAAAAUAUCUCUAGGGGCAUCCUCCAACACUCACCUGUGUAUAAACCAUUAAGAAAGCAUGAAUUGAGAGUAAGCCUGAGAACUUACUCACAAGACCUCGCAUAGAGGGAAUUCAUGUUUAUAUUAAAUACACACUGGUGGGCUGUUGGAAGCACCCUGAUCUGUAAAUGCAUACACACGGUACUGGCACAGGAUGAUGUGUAUGGACAUGUACAUUUCUUUCAUUGCCACUGUAUGAGUAUGUGGUAUAUUAAACUAGCACAGUUAUGUGCUUUUUUUUGUAGGUAAGAUGAUGUGUUGUUUGAGACAUGUUUGAGAACCAAUGUUGUAAUAAAAUUACAGAAAUAUAA